CUCCAACUAGUUCUGCGCAGCCUAAACCUUACCGCCCAGUGCCCACCAAGAGCCCUCCGCCGUCCCCACCGCCGCUGCUGCAGCCGGUUCUGUUCCCACCACUACCACCGUGUACUCCACCGCCUCAGGCAAGAACAGUUGUGGACUCCAUUCUUUUUAUUGUUAAGAGUUUCUCUUUUUUCUCUCUCAAUGUCUUUGUUGGAAGUAAUUACAAAAGCUUCAUCGGCUACCCAAACCCUGCCUGAUCAAGAGUGCGAUUAUCCGAUUGUGCUCAAUCCGGAGCCUAUUUUCCUCAAGCUAAAGCCAGAAGCUGAUGACCCGCCGGCUGAAAACUCGGUAAAGAAGGUUACUGGAUGGGAAAUAACGCAGACCGACCAUGAACUUAUCGAAUUAGGGCAAAAUUUCUUCAAGAAGCUGAAGAGGAAGCUGAAAAACACGAACUCGUUCGGUAAAGUUGAGUUCUUGGAAAUGAUUACUUCGCAUUUGGAGAAAAUUGGGGAUAAAGUCGGAAUUACGCCCUCUUUUAAUAGUGCAGAAGAAGGGUACGCUUGUAAGUUGGUUGAGAAGUUGGGGGUUUUGAUGGGCAGGAAUGUCAGUGGCUUGGUUUUGGAGGGUUGUAUUGGUUUGGAGGUUUGGGAUGUGUUGGAGAUUUUGAUAGUUAAUGGGCUCGUGGGACAUUCUUUUACAUCGAAUUUGGUGUCUACGUUGAUUGAAAAACGGAAGUCGGACUUGAUUGUUUUGUGCGUUAAACAUUUGCUCGAUCUGCAGACUUAUGAUAUAAUGUGCAUUUUGAAGUACUUUUUGAUGGUACCUGGCGAUGGGUACAAGAGUCUGGUUAGUGUGAGGGAGCAUUGGGAGAGCCAAGCAUUAUUAGCGAUUGAGAAAGCAAGUGCUAGAGGAGUUAAUGGGAAGGAAAAGAGCUGGGCGAAGGAAGCAGCACUUUUGAUCAUGCUGGCACACGAUGGAUUUUCAGUGUCGGAAUUGUGCUUGCAUUAUUUGUUCACAUCUCAGAAUCUUGAUGAGGUGAUUUUUUCGGCUUGUGUCAGUAAGUUGAAUGAUGAUGAGAUAAAGGCUCUGAUUCAGUACUUGGGGAAGUGGCUGAGGAAAUAUGAGAGGUUUCCUCAAGUGGGUCCUUGUCCUAAGGCAUCAUCUGCAUUGGGUUUAAAGGUUUGCGAUUGGAUUCCGACUCUUGAAAUUGUUGUGAAAUGUCUUAGCGUGGUGGUGGAUGAGCAUUUCUCUUCUUUGGUUUUGCACUCUGAAUUUCAUGAAUUGAGAUUGUUAGAAGAAGUUGUUAGUUCCUUAGCUACUGAGGCAAGGCUCUGCGGUACCUUGGCAAAUUUGGCUGAAAGGUUGAGAAUUGAAAACCAGGCCUACCACCGUGAUGCUUUGGGAAGUUUUGCUUUUUGAAGAUGGAUCACACCAGCCAACUAACAAUUUGAAGGAGUUAAUCAGAAAACUCGUUUCUUUUUAACUGAAGAUCAUUGAUGGUGGCAUCGGCCUUCCAAUAUUUUUCUGGCCUUUUGUUGGAGAGAGAGAGAGAGAGAUUUAUUUCCUUGAGAAUCUUGUGCAACUUUCUUUAUUGCUCCAAUUUUGAUCAACUAGAGAAACUUCCACCAUUAUGUAAGAAAAUCUAUGAUUGGUUUGGUUAUAGCAAAAUCAAAAUGUGUGUUGUCUUUUUUAGGUUUUCUCUAUCGCAUGACUGCUGUUUUCUUCAUCAGCCAACUGAGAGCAUUUUGCUCCUUGUUUCUGGAUUGCUGUGUGAGCGCCCUCA